CAACGACAAAAAGAGAACUAUAUUCAACGUAGAUCGCUGAACUACAAAAGAAAAUUUUCAAAAUGAAAGGUUAUUUCAUCUUCGCCGUCUUGUUGAUCCUCACCAUCGGUACCGAACUUGCUUUCGGUGACUGUCUUUCCGGAAGAUAUGGAGGCCCAUGUGCAGUAUGGGAUAACGAAACCUGCCGCAGAGUAUGUAAGGAAGAAGGACGAGUAAGUGGGCAUUGCAGCGCUAGUCUGAAGUGUUGGUGUGAAGGGUGCUAGCCCUUUUACAAAUAUUGUUUAAUUUGUUAAUUUUUAUGUUAUUAUAAUGUUAAUUUUGUGAUGCCAAAUAUAUACAUUUAGGUUAAAAAUG